AUGGAAAGUUCGGGAGAACUUAUCCCAAACGGCAGCGGAAUGGUUGAGUACUGGCUGAAAAGAGCACGCACGACAGGUCUUCCCUCAGACGAUAAUGAAGAAGACAAGCCAGCAAAGAAGCUCAAAUUCAACCCAAUAAAUGUUUCUAGGCGUUGCGCAUUCCCUUCGCCUAUUGACGCCCCAUCCCCGCCUACACACGGCCACCAGUUGCCUCACGGGGAAGAAUGCGAUUCAGAGGCAGCGUCGUCGCAGGCCUCUGACUAUGAAUACGCUAAUCACUGGGUCGACUUCAAGACUCUGAAUCCUGAUCACAACGAUAUGCCUGCGACGCUGAAACUGUUUUUGGCUUCCUUGCUUGUGCUUCAGAAAGAUAAGAAAAUUGUUCCGAAUACCUUGAGAGAUGAAAUUGAGGCUCACCCGAGGUCUGAUUACACUCUGACAACGCUCGACGAUGACUCAUACUAUAUACCCGUCGAAUCUGAACCAGUGUAUACUAAAGGAUUGUUUGACGCUGUGAUCAAAAUCGCUCAGGCGGCACAAAAAUGUCAUUCUCUUCAGUACGAUGAAAAUGGAUGGAAUAACCUUGUCUAUACACCACUUCUCACCGCAGCGGUGGAGAAUUUCAAGCCGGAGGAGCGUCAGUCAAUCGAUGUUGCACCUUGCCUCGGGUCAGUCAAUCAUACUCAGUUCGUACCGACUGCAGAGUUUCCGAUUGCUGCGACCAUCAAGACGAAGAGUCGUUCAGGGAACAGUCAAGAUGCUGAAGUUCAAUUGGCAGCCUGGCAAGCAGCGCAGUGGCUUAACAUGGCCGUUGAUGUCGGUGACAACAUUUCAGAGCUUGGUUUCUUGCCAGGUAUCAUCAUCGAUGGGCACGAGUGGAGGUUCCAUGCAACAACGUAUGGGUUACCAGGAAACAAAACUGUAAGAUAA